CCCGUGCUUAAAAUUUACCUGAUUGCCAUGAUGUUUUUGUAAAUAAAGGUACAUUUUUUGGUAUGUAAACAUUUGAAUGUAAUUUCGGCAGGCAUAAAGUGUUGAGUUUCGAGAUCCUAACUUUAUUUGCGACACGAAAACUAUCACGUUUUGAACAACUUACAGGUUGCAUACUCUUGAGUACUAAGUAGUCAUAGUGUCUACUUAACCACAUACAAAAGAUUAACGAAAAAAUGCCAUGGUCUUUACGGAAUGUGUCAUGAAAUGCUUAGGGCCCAAUAUGCUUAUCUAUAUUUUGUAUAGAUAAAUAUGUGACAAACUUACCCAGUCUUCUUAUUUUGGAAAAAAUGGCACAAAAGCCUCAAACUUUUUCAAAGCACUCUCGAAAAAUGCUAAUUGUCAUUGAACUUUUGAAGGAAACCUACAAAUUCUACAAAAUUGGGUACUGUGUAAUUUCAAAAUUAAAUUCGCCUAUGUUCUGAAAAUUGGCAAUUUAAAGUGACGUCUAGUGUUCAGUUUCCGUCCUUAAAACUGUUCUCAGAAAAUAAAGAGUAUAUGGACCAGCUGAAUUUUUUUACAGGAUUAUGUACCUUAGAUUGUUAAACAUCUUUAACUGUUAUUGAAGCCUGUACGUUCUAUCAGAAACUUUUCGAAGAUAGAAUAACUUUAAAGACUGAAUUUUAAGGGUUCAUAAUGGGAGGUUAGUCAAUCAAAGCACCAUAGCUUCGUAUAUUUGUGUAAGAACGUAGCUUGGUUUUUUACUCGAUACAAGUACGAUGGAACUCUUCAGCUAAAAUUACAGCUAGGUACUGAUUUUGGGGUCUUUAGAAAGUCCUUGUAAAUGGUUAUAAAUAAUUCAUACUUAUGUGUUUUACUACUGGAUCCAAAGUUAUUUUCAUAAGACCAAGUAGUAUCGCUUCAUGAUAUAUAUCCUAUCAUUCGUACAGCAGUAAAGAUUUGAAUGAAGCUUGUUAUUACCAUAAUACCAAAAGUAGUAUUUCCAAUUUUCCAGUGAACAAAGUUGUUUUGAGAAAGCUUUGGGAGUUCAAAAUAUGCGUGUUUGUUUUUUCGCUACCACAAAAUCUCAUGCAUUUUCUUAAUUUUUGAAGUUUAUCUUGGAUAAUCUUUAAGUUAUUUAAAUUCUGAAAAUAGUGAGGAACGUUUUGAUGAAUGUAAAUCAAGUCUUUUAAAGAGACUAAAGCAAUAAAAUUCUGCAUGCCUAGUUAUAUUGUGCAUCUAUCUCAGUAUUAAUCACUGUAAUAGACCGAAAAAAAUCGAGGAAGAAAUGUGAAUAAUUAACAUUUAGGCAAAUACAGGAUCGUAACAGUAAAAAAGUAAUAUAAAAGUAUUUGAAUUAACUUAUACUGAAAAGAUAUGAUGACUCUUAAAAGACAAUUCCAAGUUUAAUAAUUCCACGUUGAUAUUCAAAAGACAGAUAGAAUUAAGGUAAAUUUGUUUAACUGUAAAAAUACAGCGACCGUGUUAGUUGUGACAUAAUAGAUAGUCAAAAUGGUAGUUGAGAACGGUGAAUGAGUUCAAAAGCACCUUACAUUUUGAACAAUAAUCAGUCAAAUGGCGCAUACUGGUGAAAAGAAAGCAACAAUAUAACUACGGUAAAGUGUUUUGCAAUUAGUAAUAAAUUAUCCACAUACUUAGCUAAAUUUAAACGAUUAGCGAAAUUCACUCACAAAACGAGAUUUUCUAACCCUCUCCAUACCAGCCAAAAUACAUCUAACUUUUCUAUUGGUCCUAUAAAUUUAAAGGUUGUAAUUUAAAAUCAUUCCAUUUUCAAAAGCUUUGGAAAAAGCCUUUAACUUAAUACAGUAUUUCACUCAGCACGUUUUCAGCAAACUAAAUAUAUCUAUAGCGAAAACACUUCAUACUUUUUCUUCAAACAGCUCAUCCUCUUAAAACCAUAACAUUUUGAAUAUUCCAGCUGACAAAAUAAGAUGUUUAUUAGUCGAUUUACCUGAUGCUGGAAGCUCUAGUGUCUGAAUUCUAGUGAGAAAACUUGAUCUUCUUCUAUUUACUAAGUCGUGCAUCAGCACAAUUUGAUCUUUCGUGUGUAAUAAUACGUUUUUAAAAAGACAACAAAAUAUUUCAUUGAAGAGCGAGAACAUUAAAGCAUCGCGAGACUUCAGUUUUGACACCGAGAUAAUUUAUCUCAAAAUUAAAUCCAAAUAGAUCACACUUACACUUAUUUUAGAGUAAUAGUUUGGAAAAUGAAGAACAAUUCGGAAGUUGCUGAGAUGAUAAUUUUAGCACGUGGUCGAAGAACCGAAAUCGGUGUCUCAAGAUGAUGGUAUCAGUGAUAAUUAUGAUAAUGGCUUUAUUAAAUAGCUACCUAAUCAUUGUCAUUGUCCUCGAAAACAAAUUUCUGGACCACCCCAUUACUAAUGCGGCAUCAUCACUGAAGUUGAAUUAAAACCUGAUUUUUAUUGCUGAGCAGUAUCAGAUAGUGUCAUGAAGCUUUAUUUACACGAUUUGCAAUGUAUUGAAUAUUUGAUUAAUCAAGAGCUUAUCUUUAACAUGCAUAAUCUAUUACGAUAGCGAUUUCACUUUGAGUUCUAACACAAACCGUAGAAUAAUCAGUUUGUCAGUAAUCGAUAUGUUUGAAACAUCACAAACUCAGUGAAACCUAGUUGUAAAAUGUAUGAGAAAAUUUUCGUUAGUAUACGAAGAAAUAGGUCCUUAGUGAGGAGACCCUGAUCAAAUAUGAGCACUUUUCUGCUUGAUGAUGAAGUUCCUAUCGAAGCUGUCCGUUGGUUGUAUUUCCGUCGUUCUGGUGGAGUGAGUACAUGGAAACCAUUUUGUGGAUAUGAUUCAAUACGUCUCGAAACAGCUUAUCGAGAGCGUUAUAACGGCAGCACGGACCCAAUUUACGAAAAGAUUACUGUUCGUGGAGAGAUGUUCGAAGUAGACAUGGAAAGUUUCCUAUGCAUUCCUAUAUACUGGUUUGGCAAAAAACGAUCUGUACAUAGUAGAAGAAAAACUUGGUGUUCAACCCAAGUGGUGCGAGCUGUUUGGUUUCAGAAGAUCAAUUGGUUACCUUUAGAUACAAAAUUAUCUGAAGUGAUUGAAUAUGAACAUCGUACGUAUGCUAUACCUAAAUUGAAAAAAGUUACAAGAAAAAGUCAUAAACCUGUUCAUAAAUAUCAGUCAAACAAUCACGAAAUAAAAUGGAUGCCUGAUGGUACUAUCUAUUUAGUUACUAAAAGUGCAGAGCCUUUUGGUAAAGUUAGACUACACGGGGGAUUAAGUAGUGUUCCUAUUAGCAGAGGAUUUGUUCGUCCAGCAGAAACUAGUGAUAGACCUCCACUUAUUACUCAUGUAUGCUUUGUUGUUCAUGGUAUCGGUCAACAGUUAGCUAGUAUACGUCAUGAAUGUGCCAAAAUAAGGAAAACAUGUCAAAAAGUAGCUGAAAAACUUUAUCCUAAAUUAUCUGAAUUUGGACAACGUCUUGAAUUUAUCCCAGUCAAUUGGCGUAGUUCUUUAUCAUUGAAUUCAAAAACGUUAAACAAUGUAACUAUAGCACAAUUACGACCAUUACGUGAUUAUAUUAAUCAAAGUUUUGUAGAUAUAUUAUAUUAUACAAGUCCUGUGUAUCGUAAUGAUAUAAUGCAAAGUUUAAGUUAUGAAUUAACUCGAUUAUUUAAUUUAUUUUGUUUAAAAAAUCCACAAUUUUUACAAAAAGGUGGUCAGAUCUCUGUAUUAGCACAUUCACUUGGUAGUGUUAUUAUGCAUGAUAUAUUACGUAAUACAACUGGAUUGAAAUUACCUAAUUCAAUAUUUCAUUCAUUAGGAGAUUUAAAUUGUUCACAAUCAUUACUUCAUGAAAAUGAAGAUGGAACAAUUUCUAUGAGGCCGAAAAAAGGAAGGACUCGUAACUUAACCGAAUGUUCAAAUUCAGGAUCAAAAGAGUUAGUCACUAAUACUAUCAAUAAUAGUAAUAAUAAUAAUAAUCAUUCAGAUCGCGAUCAUACUUUGAAAUAUCCAAAUGGGGGAUCAUUUUUGGAAAAUAUAUCAAAACCGAAAGAAUGGAAACCUGUACCACAGUUAGCCAAUCUAUUUUUAAUUGGUUCACCAUUAGCAUUAUUUAUAUCAGUGAAUGAUUUAUGUCCACCAACAUAUAUUAAUCCAUCAAAUAGUAAUUCAUUACAAUCAAAUCAUUCUAGUGAUGAUGAACAGGAUUCAACAAGUUAUUCCCAUUCAGGAUUACAUAGUAUUACCUCGACAACAUCAACAUCUAAACAUGCAGGUAUUGAUUUAGAUGAAACUGAUCCUGAAGCAUUAUUUUCAUAUUUUGCAUGUCGAAGAGUAUUCAAUAUAUUUCAUUCAUAUGAUCCAGUGGCAUAUCGUUUAGAACCAAUAUUAUUGAAACACUAUGCUAAUAUUAGUCCUGUUGUAAUACCGAAAGCAUCAAUUAAUCAUUUAGAAAAGUGUUUAUCUAUUAAAGAUAUUUCACUUAUUAAUAAUAAUAAUAAUAAUAAAUCAAACCAAUCAGAUUGUAAUAGUCAAACAGCAACUUUAAAAGGUUCCAAUUCAUCAUUAGCAGCAAUUGAUGAAAUUGAAUCAACACAUUCUGUGCAUACAUUGGAUUUAUCUGAUUCCGACAGUGAUUCAUCUGAUUUAUCAUUAAAUGGUGGCAGUGGUAUCAAUGGUUCUGAUAAUAAAGAACAAAAAAGGAAAUUUUUCAAACGUUUAAGUGUUGUGGAUGAAAAUUCUGUUUAUAAACAACAUCAAUCAUUAGCAAUGAAAAUAUUCAGUAAUUAUAUCACUAGACGAUCAUCUAAUGUAACUAAUUUAAAUCCAAUAUUAUGUGAAAUGAGAUCAAUGCCAAAAUCAAAUGAAAAACAAUUAAAACGUCGUAUUGAUUAUGAAUGGCAAAAAUCAUUUUCACCAUUAGCUAUAUUAGGUGCACAUAAUAGUUAUUGGAGUAGUCAUGAAGUAGCAUUUUUUAUGCUUUAUCAAAUAUUUGGUCCACCACAUUCCCUUCGUUAAACUAUAGAUAGAUAGAUAGAUGGUUAGAUGGUUAAAUGGUUAGAUGAAUAUGCAUAUCUAUACAUGGAGAGGUAAUCUUCUCAUUUUUAUUUUUUUUUACUUUUUCAUCUCAUACAUAAUGCAUUUGUUGAUUUGCCUAGAUACUUGGAAAUAUUCUAUAUAUAUAUAUUUUUUGUUUUUUUCCAUACACUGAAUUUUUUUUUCAUUUUUAAAUCACGGAAAACAUUUUCAUCUUUGCUCGUUUCCUUUUUUGUUGUUGAAAAGAAACCCCAUCCCACCCCCUCCUAAUCAAUAUUUUUUUAUUUUAUAAAAAUAUAUCAUUGAUUAAUUAAUUUAUUUUUUUAUUUUGGCAACAUAGAGAUUAUUACUCAUAUUGUAUUGUUACCAUGGUUCAUUUUCAUGAAUGAUAUGUCAAUUCGAUUGUAUGUGUGUGCGUGUAUGUCUGUUUGUUAACGUGUGUUCAGUGUUUUUUUCUUGAUUGCUUUGUUUUUUGUAUUGUUCAUUUCAUAUUUUUACCCAUCUGUUUUGACGAAUAAUUAGUUUACAGAAUGGGGGGUUAGGGGUUUUGGGGGCUUCAGUAACGUUAAGAGUUGAAUUGAUGAGUCGAUUUAAGUCAGAGUAAUAUUGAGUCUAAAAGCAUUGAAUGACCGUUUUGUCCUAAUAUGGAAUUAUUUUUUUCUAGUUAGCGUUUUUUUUAACGAGUUGGUUUUUCCAUGGGGUGGGGUCGCUAACCCCAUGCCCAA